AUGUCUUUCGUUCGCGCCGCAUCCAAGGUUUCUCGAGCCGGUCUUCGAGUUCCGGUCAACCGUGCCGGCCCAGUUGCUUUGAGCGCACAGCGUGCUUUCAGCGUCUCGGCCGCUAAGCUCAGCGAUGCGCAUGCUGAGGAGUCAUUCGAGGAGUUCACUGCAAGGUACGAGAAGGAGUUUGAGAAGGUCAACGACGUUUUCGAGCUUCAGCGAAACCUCAACAACUGCUUCGCCUACGAUCUCGUUCCCUCUCCAUCCGUCAUCAUCUCCGCCCUGAAGGCUGCCAGGCGUGUCAACGACUUCCCCUCCGCCGUCCGUGUUUUCGAGGGUAUCAGGUACAAGGUCGAGAACAAGGGCCAGUACGAGGAGUACCUCCAGGAGCUUGAGCCCAUACGCGAGGAGCUCGGCAUCCCAUUGAAGGAGACCAUGUACCCCGAGGAGAAAUAG